AUGGUAUCCCCAAUGUACACCCUCUACGUGGGGACCUUCAUCCAACUCCCCCGCACCUCCUCCCCGGACGGCAGACAUGAGCUCGCCAUCACCCGCGGCGCCCUCUGGGUGUCCGCCGCCGACGGCAAGAUCAAGGGCUUCGACUGGAGCGUCGCCUCCGAGUCCGACCUGCAGACCCUGCUCAAGCGGCACGGGUGGGUGCUCGCCGGCGCAGGCAGUCGCAGCUGCGUGCGUGUGCAACUGGUGCGCGCUCGCGAAGAGCUGAACGAGUUCUUCUUCCCCGGCUUUGUCGCUUCCUGGUAA